CCCGGGAGGUGCAGCGGCUGGCCAGGGCACCCCCGGCCGAGUGGAGAGAUCCCUGCCGAUCGCCGUCAUGUUCCGGGUCCCGCUGUGCACAUUGCUCCUGCUACUGGCGCCGCUGCUGCUGGGCUCUGCGCACCGUGUCUAUAAUGUCUCCCGGAGGACGUUUGAGCUCGACUAUAGCCAUGACCGCUUCCUCAAGGAUGGACUGCCUUUCCGCUACAUCUCAGGGAGCAUCCACUACUUCCGGAUACCCCGCUUCUACUGGGAGGACCGGCUGCUGAAGAUGAAGAUGGCUGGGCUGAAUGCCAUCCAGAUGUAUGUGCCCUGGAACUUUCAUGAACCCCGGCCAGGACAAUACGAGUUUUCUGGGGACCACGAUGUGGAGUAUUUCAUUCACCUGGCUCACGAACUGGGGCUCCUGGUGAUCCUGAGGCCAGGGCCCUACAUCUGUGCAGAGUGGGACAUGGGCGGCUUACCUGCUUGGCUACUAGAGAAAGAAUCUAUUGUCCUUCGAUCUUCUGACCCCGAUUACCUUGCAGCUGUGGAUAAGUGGCUGACAGUCCUUCUGCCCAAGAUGAAGCCUCUGCUCUACCAGAACGGAGGGCCGAUCAUAACCGUGCAGGUUGAGAAUGAGUACGGCUCCUACUUCGCCUGUGAUUAUGACUACCUGCGUUUCCUGGCACACCGCUUCCGUUACCAUCUGGGUAAUGACGUCCUUCUCUUCACCACCGAUGGGGCGAAUGAAAACUUCCUGCGGUGUGGGACCCUGCAGGGCCUCUAUGCCACAGUGGAUUUUGGAGCAGGCAGGAAUAUCACACAGGCUUUUCGAACCCAGAGGAAGUUCGAACCCAAAGGGCCUUUGAUCAACUCUGAGUUCUAUACUGGCUGGCUAGACCACUGGGGUGAGCCCCAUUCCACCGCAAAGACUGAAGUAGUGGCUGCCUCCCUCUAUGAGCUGCUGGCCCGUGGGGCCAGUGUGAACUUGUACAUGUUUAUAGGUGGGACCAAUUUUGCCUAUUGGAAUGGUGCCAACACGCCCUACGCGCCGCAGCCCACCAGCUAUGACUACGACGCCCCGCUAAGUGAGGCCGGGGACCUCACUGAGAAGUAUUUUGCUCUUCGAAAUGUCAUCCAGAAGUUUAAAGAAGUCCCGAAAGGUCCUAUCCCUCCAUCGACACCCAAGUUCGCAUACGGAAAGGUUGCUCUGAGAAAGUUCAAGGCAGUGGCCGAAGCUCUGGACAUCCUGUGUCCCAAUGGACCUGUGAAAAGCCUGUAUCCCUUGACGUUCACCCAGGUAAAACAGUAUUUUGGGUAUGUGCUGUACCGAACAACACUUCCUGAAGAUUACAAUGGCUCAAUGCCCAUCUUCUCUUCAUCCUUUGAUGGCGUCCGUGACCGGGCUUACGUCUCUGUGGACGGGGUCCCCCAAGGCAUCCUUGAUCGAGACUCUGGGACAGUCCUGUACAUUCAGGGAAAAGCUGGAGCCGUUCUGGACUUGCUGGUGGAGAACAUGGGGCGUGUGAACUAUGGCAGAUACAUAAAGGAUUUCAAGGGUUUGAUUUCUAACAUGACCCUCAACUUUAGUAUCCUCACCAACUGGACAAUCUUUCCCCUGGACACUGAGGCUGUGGUACACAGCCAUCUUGGGGGCUGGGAGGCCCACGGUGAGGGCCGCCAUGAUGGACACCUGACCUUCGGCUCUUCCAACUUCACGCUCCCCACUUUUUAUGUGGGCAACUUCUCCAUUCCCUCGGGCAUCCCAGACCUGCCGCAGGACACCUUCAUUCAGUUUCCUGGGUGGACCAAGGGUCAAGUGUGGAUCAACGGCUUUAACCUUGGUCGGUACUGGCCCGCACGGGGCCCCCAGAUGACCUUGUUUGUGCCGAGACACAUCCUGACGACUUCAGCCCCAAACAACAUCACGAUGCUGGAACUGGAGCAUGCACCCUGCGCUGAUGGGACCUCAGAGCUGUGCACCGUGGAGUUCGUUGACAGGCCAGUUAUUGGCAGCUCCCUGGUCAUCAGUGGCCGUUUUCCAGAUCGGUCUGGUCAAGACUCGCAGCUGAACACCCUGUGAUGACCGUGAGCCUCUAGGACCACAGGCCUGCACUGGCUGCUUGGGUCAUCCUUUACUUGCUACAGUGGAAGAUAAAUUUAUGGGCUGUGUGUAUCCUGCUGGUAUCUCUACAGCCUCCCAUUGCCUGGCCUCCCACUCUUGUGGCCGCCAGGAAGGCCGAAGGGAGCGGACCUCACAGGAACACGCACACCUGGAGUGCAGAGUUGGAACAAAACUUGAAUAAUGUCCCUUUUGAUUUGAAACAAUCAUGUCUUUCUCCUGAAUAAAAUUUUUACUCAUGUGGUGA